AAAUGUUAUUGACUAUUGUUAGUACCAGCUACCAAACUGUACAUAACGUAAGGUUAAUUUUUUACUGGACGUCAGGACACCAUCACUAUAAUAUUGUUAUGCCUAUUAUAUAUUUUUGUUAUCACAAAGUACAUCGCAAUUAAAGGAUUUAUCCAUUAUCCGAACCCCGAAGAUUAAAUUAAAAUAACCAAUUGUCAUUAUUAAUCGUGCAUCAUGGGACGCAAGAAAAUUAAUAUAUCCAAAAUCACGGACGAACGAAACCGUCAUGUGACGUUUAAUAAACGCAAAUUUGGUGUUAUGAAGAAAGCUUAUGAGCUAAGCGUAUUAUGUGAUUGUGAAGUAGCAAUUAUUAUUUUCAACAAGAACAACAAGUUGUACCAGUAUGCUAGUACAGACAUGGACCAAGUAUUACUUAAAUAUACUGAAUAUAGCGAACCACAUGAAUCACUGACAAACACUAAUAUUAUUGCUCAAUUAAACAGGAGAGGAGGAGGAGAAGGUCCUAGAAGUUCUAAAUCUGUAGAGUCACCUGUUGUUGAUGAGAAGAGUGCAAUAAAUCAACCAAAACAAUUUAAAGUAAUGUCCACUCCUAGAAUUAAACUUAAACACAACGAUAUUUCUGAUGAAGAAUUCAGAAUACUUAUGACACAUGGAGGGAGGAUAAUGGAUGAUGAUGAUGAGGACGAUGAUGAUGAUGAUGAUGAUAGUAAUGGCCUUGAAUGUGAGUAUAUUCCUGACAUGCCAGACAUUCCUGGCAUUCCUCCUCACAAACUUCCAGAAGCUUUAAGAAAAAUACGAGAGAAUAACUCUAAUGAAAAUACUAAACGAGUGACUUCCAGCGACUCAGAUAUGAGUGAUGACGAGUUGAAAAUAGACAGUGGUGCUGAUGAUGAUUUUGAAGAAAUUGAUGACAGUUUACAUAAUGAUAUCGAAAGCUAUAUUUCUCAAACUACCUCACAACAACGAACUCUACCUAAUAACCCAACAGCUGUUACUGAAAUUAAAGAAGAAAAAAAUGAUGAUGACGUUGAUGUAGAAUUAAUCGAAGAUAAUAUCAAAAUUCCUGAGGAAGUGAAGAGCUCUAAAAGUCCUGAAGCUACUAAACCACAAUUGACGCAAAAUGUUCGAAAACCACAAUUUCUGUCAAAUAUUCACUCAAGUUUAGGUUUAAUUCAAAAUAAAUCUCCAAAAAAUCAAUCUUUGAAUGUACGGUACCGCCCUUAUAGUAUUCUACAAACCUCCAAGAAAAUGGUAAAAAUACCACCACAAAAGUCUAUGGAAAUUCGAAGUAACAUAACACACAAUGGACAGUCUCCAAUACAGCAACGAAGAGUUUAUGCAGGAUUCAAACAACGUAUACAGGUCAAAAAAGAUUUGAUGACUCCUGAAAUUAAAAUCAAUACUGCACAAUUGUCGCAAAGUAGUAAUACAAAUGAUUCUUAAAAUCAAGUGUACAUUUUAAAAUUGAAACAUUCCAAAUAUUUUUACUUUUAUUUAAUAAUUUUUUUUUUUUAAGACUGUACUUUCGUAACAAUUAUUGGUAUUUGUUUAUAUAUAAUUAUCAUAUAAUACAAUUUUAAUGUGUAGCAGUUCGAAUCCUUUGUUCAAACUUCCUAUUUAUAAA